UCAUGGCGAGAGGAGCAGUGGUGCUGAUGUUGAGAGAAGCCCAGGGUACCACUAAUUGAGGGAGUGAGGAAGAGCGCGGCUCGCAUCUAACAGGACUGCAGGUGUGUGACAGUGUCCCGAGCUGGUGACAGAUCCACUCUGUGACUCUCAGGCAGAUUCAGCCACCAAAUCCAGCAACAUGACCCUCGCAGCCUACAAAGAGAAGAUGAAGGAGCUCCCACUGGUGUCCCUGUUCUGCUCCUGCUUCCUGGCCGACCCCCUGAAUAAGUCAUCCCACAAAUACGAAGGGUGGUGUGGGAGACAGUGUAGGAGGAAAGACCAAGCCCAGCAGGAAGACAGUGCUGACUGGAAAGAGAGAAGAGCUCAGGCGGACACAGUGGACUUGAACUGGUGUGUCAUUUCCGACAUGGAGGUCAUCGAGCUGAACAAAUGCACCUCGGGCCAGUCCUUCGAAGUCAUCCUGAAGCCGCCUUCCUUUGAUGGGGUGCCCGAGUUCAACGCCUCCCUGCCCCGCCGGCGAGACCCUUCCCUGGAAGAGAUCCAGAAGAAACUGGAAGCGGCCGAGGAGCGAAGGAAGUACCAGGAAGCUGAACUCUUGAAACACUUAGCAGAGAAACGGGAACAUGAGCGGGAGGUGAUCCAAAAAGCCAUUGAGGAGAACAACAACUUUAUCAAGAUGGCUAAGGAAAAACUGGCCCAGAAGAUGGAGUCCAACAAGGAGAACCGCGAGGCCCACCUGGCCGCCAUGUUGGAACGGCUGCAAGAGAAGGAGCCGCCUGCUGCGCGGUGACUCCCGGGACCUGAUCGGUGGCCUCGUCCCAUGGACAAGCACGCCGAGGAGGUGCGGAAAAACAAGGAGCUGAAGGAAGAGGCCUCCAGGUAAAGCCCAGAGGCCAAAGAAGUUUCCAGAACAGCCGGACAGCGCCAGCAGCUCUGCGUUCCAGCAGCCUCGCCCGCCGGCUGCGCUCCCAGCACUGGGGUUUGGGGGGAGGGGGGUGGCCAAGGGGCGUUUCCUCUGCUUUUGAUGUUUGUCCAUGUAAAGAAUUGACCAGUGAAGCCAUCCUAUUUGUUUCCGGGGAACAAUGAUGGGGUGGGAGAGGGGAGAGAAGGAGAGAGUUUGGGAACGGAAGAUGGAGACGAACUUGCUGACGGCGCAGCACUGCUCAGAGCAGACGGGCCAAGCCCUCUGUUUUUCACACCUCUGCCUGGACACGAAGCAUCCAGGUGCUGUGAUGAUGGAAGAUGAGAGCCCGGGCAGCAAAGGUCCCAAGUGCAAGGCAGAGUUCCGGGUGGGGCGGCGGCUGCAGGGCCCCCAGGAGAAGCCCAGCCUAAAGGGGCACAAGGCCCAGCCCAGCCGUGUGGCUUCCGUCCUGCAGCAGGUGGGGUGAGGUCUGUUUGUGUGUGUGUGUGUGUGUCUGUUAACCAUUAUCUUUUGAUCAUUAUGACCAAUGAAACAUUGACUCCAA